AUAAAGACCUAAGGUUAACAUUUAAAAGAAAAAUAUGAUAAAAACAUUGAAUUACUGUCGUGAAGUAGAGAACAAUACGGAUCAAAAUCGUUUUAUAUUAUGACAAUUGUCAACUACUUAUAUUAUCAUAAGAAGGUUUGAUAAUUUAUGGUAUUGGUACAUGUCAACACUAGGGUUCUCAAGUGGUAUAUUUGUUCGAAUUUGUAGAAUUUCUUCAUUUGCUAUUAUGGCGACGUUAAAAUGUGACAAUUAAUUUUACCAAGCAAUGAGAAGCUAAGUCCUAUUUUAUGUACGCCUGUACAAAUAAACAGUUCUGUGGAAAUAACAGGAGGACAGGUAACAAUGAAUAUGGAUAUCGUAAGGAGUUAUAGUCUGCCAUGUAUUCCACCAAAGGAGGAUAGUCCAAAAGACAAAGUUCCAGUUAUUAAUUAUGAAAAUCCUUUUACUUAUGAUUCAAAACCAAUAUACAUUUCACCUGAUAAACUAAAGAAGAAAAUUAAAAACCGAAUUCUUCAGUUCAGAAUUAAAAAUGAUUAUGUGAACAACAAAAACCUUCGCCGUUUUGAGAAGGCUAACGAAGUGAAGGCAUUCACAGCAUCGUUUGUUGCGCAGGAUCAGGAGAUUGGAAAAUUAUUUUUAGUUGACAGAAAGGUCCAGAAACCGCCGACGCCAGGUCCAAUGAAAACAGACACCCGACCUAGCAGUCUCCGGAGUGAAUUUAACAAACAGAGACCGUUAAAAUUACCGCCGCCACAGUUACCUCCUAUUUACAAAAUUAAACCAACCGUCAUCAAAUCACGUGACUAUGACAUUGAACCCGACAUAUUUAUGCACAAUCCGACCUUGGAAGAAAGACUGGAGGAAAUUGAAGACUGUCGGUAUUUAAGACGGUUUAAAGAAAAGUAAUGUAACUCUUAGAAACGUUUGUUCUGUUCUAGUCAUAAAACAACCAGACCAAUUUAAUUUGAAACUUGACCUCUAGAUGUCUCGUGGUCAUGGUGUAACGUUCGGUUGCUGUCUUAUCUGCAUGAACCUAUCUUUAGUUCAUUUUGAACUUUCGUUCUUUAAUUUGCGCCAACUCGCUGUCUAUGGGUGAUCUUGGUAUCUUGGUGUACGUUCUAAGAUUCCUAGCGUGGGAUACUGUUUAAAAUUACAGUACCAGAGGUGUACUUGUAAGCAAGGGGGUGACACACGACAUGUUCUUUAAUCGGAUAAGUAUCCAUACCAGUGUGUUGACGAAAAUAUUGUUUAACAAUCAAAAACAUUUGUUUAGGAUUCUGCAAUCAUCAUAUUGAUUCCUGGAAUAUUUGCUACUGGACGUAAGUCAAUAACAAUCAAAUCAUUCAUUAUGUAAAGAAUUAAACUAUAAUGUAUAUCCAACAUAUAAAUGUAUGCUUUAUGAUCUUAAAUACCUUAUUAAAUGAAUAACUAACACAAA